GCGACGAAGCAGUCUAGUACAUACUUCUCCAUAACUAACAAUAUGCAAACAACAAAAUUACGCCCAGUGCUGCAAUUGGCAUUCGUCAACAAAAAUUUUACCAGGAAUAUAGCUAUAAAUAAUGCGGGAAUAAAAGAAGCUGAGGAACCUGUACAACAGGGUAAACCAUGGCGGGAAAUACCGGGACCUUCAUCAUUACCAAUCAUUGGCCAACUCCAUCAUAUACUACCCGGAGGGGAUUUUUACAACUUGACAUCGAUGGAUUUUGUUCUAAAAAUGCAGAAAUUAUAUGGCCCUAUAUCUCGUUUUGAAACUCCACUCGGUGCUCCGCCUCUCAUAAUUUUUUUCGACCCCGAAAGUUGCGCACAAAUCCUUCGCGGAGAAAACUGGUUACCAGAAAGACCAGGAUUUUUGUCACUACAAUAUUACAGGAACUCUUACCGGAAAAAUAAGACUGAAUUUGCUGGACUUUUGACUGAUCACGGUGAAAAGUGGAAGAAGUUUAGAUCUUCGGUGAACCCUGCUUUGCUCCAGCCAAAAACCAUAAAACUUUAUAGUGAGAUCCUUGAUGAAGUUGCACAAGAUAUGGUCGCCAGACUGAAAUCAAUUCGUGAUGAUAACAAUAUGAUCAAAAGUAAAUUAGACGUCGAAAUGAAUCUGUGGUCGUUAGAGUCCAUUGGUGUCGUGGCGCUGGGAGAUCGCCUUAACUGUUUAGAUCCAAAUUUACCUGAAGGUUCCCCAGCGAGGAAGCUCAUAAAGGUUAUUCACGAUUUCUUCACAGUAUCGGAAGCAUUAGACUUUAAGCCAAGUCUAUGGAGAUAUAUUUCGACUCCUAUGUUCAAGAGAGCAAUGAAAGUAUAUGAAGAUCAAGAAAAUUUAACAAAAUACUUUGUCGAUGAGACACUAAAAAAGCUUAAAACGAAGAGUACUAACACUGAUGAAGAAAGAGGAGUUCUUGAAAAACUACUUGAAAUAGAUGAAACUGUUGCACAUAUUAUGGCAUCUGACAUGUUAUUUGCUGGUGUAGAUACGACCUCUAAUACACUAUUGUUGACGCUUUAUUUACUUGCCGCAAAUCCCGAAAAACAGGAGAAAUUGAGAGAACAGAUUUUGUCGAACGAGGUGAAAAGACCAUAUUUAAAAGCUUGCAUCAAGGAGUCUAUGAGGGUAAUGCCCAUCGUAUCUGGAAAUUUACGAAGGACGACUAAGGAACAUAAUGUAAUGGGAUUUAACAUACCUAAAGAAAUGUUUGUCGUAUUCUUUCAUGAAAUUAUGUCAAGGAUGGAGGAGAAUUACCCCAGACCUAACGAAUAUAUCCCAGAAAGGUGGCUUGUAGGAAAAGAUGAUCCCUUAUAUUAUGGAAACACACAUCCAUUCGUUACUAGUCCAUUCGGUUUUGGGGCCCGCAGCUGUAUAGGUCGUCGCAUCGCCGAGUUAGAGAUAGAGACUAUGAUUGCAAGAUUGUUACAAAACUUUAAAAUCGAAUGGAUCGGCGAACCGCUGACUUUAAAGAGAACAACAUCCAUAACCUACGCUGCAGAACCAUUCAAUUUUGUUUUUAAAGAUCUUUAAUUAUUUUAUCAGUCAAAUAGUAAAAGAAAGUUUGUAAGUCACUUAUUCAGUAGAAAUAUUAAAAAGUAAGCUACUAUUAAUACAUAACGUAUAAGUUAAUUAAAGAUGUGCCCCAGUACACAUAUAAUAAUUUAAAAACAAGAGGAUUUUAAUACAUUUCGUAUUUCAGAAAAAUUUGGUAAUUUCCGUAUUUUUAUUUUACUUUGGCCUUCUUUUCUAUUUUAUAAU